AUAGCCGAUCUCCGAGCAAAAACACAAAGGAAACUUCUCGCUUUCGAAUUCGAUCACUCUCUUGCAGUGAAAAAAGCUAAUUUCUUCAUCUAUUACGCACAUUUCUCCUUGUCUGUGAGAAAUCUGGUCAGCAUAUGCCAUGGAAGAUACAUCGUUCAGUCUCAAACAUGACCAAGCGCUGGAAAUCCCAGGUUCACCGCACCCCUCCGUCGUCUGCGGCGUUUCCGACUCGACUGAACCCUCUUCUCGAGUAAAUGAAGAUUCUCUUAUGGAGGAGGAUGAAUUACUUGAGGAUUCUAUGGUCUGCGAUGCUGGAUCGAGUUUAAUACAAACCGGAUUUACGUUGCCGACUUCUACAGAGGAUAUGGUGAUGUUCAUAAUUGCUGGAGGUGUCAUCCCAGCUGAAGUAGAUUCAUCCAUGAAAUUUAUUGAUGAUUCCUAUUAUGAAGGAGGAGACGUCUUUCAGACUGAUGAGCCUAUAACCGAUGCUGGUGAUUUUUCUUUUCUUUACCAAUCAGCACGUAUAGGAGACUUCAGUUAUCACUUUAAAAAUGUUACUCCUGGAGACUAUUACGUUGAUCUGCAUUUUAUUGAGAUCAUUAAUACCUAUGGACCGAAAGGGAUGAGGGUUUUCAAUGUGUUCAUGCAGGAUGAGAAGGUCCUUUCUGACUUUGACAUAUACUCCAUUGUUGGAGCCAACAAACCAUUACAAGUUGUUAACUCGCGAAUCUCUGUCAAGGAGGAUGCUUCGAUCCUGAUAAGGUUUGAAGGGGUGACAGGAAGCCCACUCGUUAGUGGGAUCUGUGUAAGAAGAGCAUCUGCUCCGCAGGUGAGACAUGAAUAUCUUGUAUGCAGCAACUGUGCAGCUGAAGUUGAAGUUCCUUCAGCUCAGAAGAAAAUUAUGGGGAAGAAAUCAACUGUCAAAUAUGAGAAGAAGAUAGAGGAGUUGAAAAUUCUGUGCCAACAGAAGACAGAGGAGUGUUAUCAAGGCUGGAUGUCCUUCACAGCUGCUAAUGAGCAGUUACAUAAGGUUAAGAUGGAACUUGAUAGCAUGUCAUUCCGGAUGUAUUCCAUGGAUAAAACGUUUGAGAAUCAAGGUGAAGAAUUGAAGAAUAUUUCUAGCAAGUAUGAAAAUGGCAAGAAAGCUUGGUCUGUAGCAGUUAAUAAUCUAGAAGAAAAGAUUAAGGUGAUGAAAGAGGAACAUUCUUGUCUCUCUCGUGAUGCACAUGCAUGCAUUAGUUCGAUUCCGGAGCUGAAUAAAAUGGUUUCUGCAAUUCAUUCAUUGGUCGAACAGUGCGAGGAUCUCAAAAUAAAGUACAAUGAGGAGCAAGCAAAAAGAAGAAAGCUCUAUAACGAAGUUCAAGAGGCAAAAGGGAACAUAAGAGUGUUUUGCAGAUGCCGUCCUUUAAAUAAAGCGGAGAAUGUAGCUGGCUAUGCAACUGUGGUGGAUUUUUAUGCUGCCAAGGAUGGGGAAAUUGGAAUAGUGAACGGGAGUUCUUCCAAAAAGACCUUCAAAUUUGAUCGAGUUUACACUCCCAAAGAUGACCAAGUUGAUGUGUUUGCGGAUGCUUCACCUAUGGCUACUUCAGUAUUGGAUGGCUACAAUGUCUGUUUAUUUGCUUAUGGCCAGACAGGAACAGGCAAAACAUUUACAAUGGAGGGUACUGAUCAAAACCGAGGAGUCAAUUACAGGACCCUAGAGCAAUUGUUUAAACUUGCCCAAGAAAGGAAUGACACAUUUUCUUAUAGCAUAUCCGUUAGUGUACUUGAAGUCUAUAACGAGCAGAUCAGGGACCUGCUCGCUCCAUCAUCAAAAAAGUUGGAGAUAAAACAAGAUUCUGAUGGGCUUCAUCAUGUACCUGGACUAGCUGAAGCCAAAGUAGAGAACAUAAGCGAAGUGUGGGGUGUACUACAGUCUGGAAGCAGUGCCAGAGCAGUUGGAUCCAACAACGUAAAUGAACAUAGUAGCCGUUCACACUGCAUGCUUUGUGUUAUGGUGAAGGCAAAAAACUUGUUGAACGGGGACUGCACUAAGAGCAAGCUUUGGCUUGUUGACUUAGCGGGCAGUGAGAGGCUUGCAAAAACGGAUGCACAAGGGGAUCGUCUCAAGGAAGCCCAGAGCAUCAAUAAAUCUCUUUCAGCUUUAGGAGAUGUUAUAUCUGCCUUGGCUAAUAAGAAUUCUCACAUUCCCUAUAGGAACUCCAAGCUUACUCUUCUUCUUCAUGAUUCAUUAGGAGGUGACUCCAAGACAUUGAUGUUCGUUCAAAUUAGCCCUUCAGAAAAUGACUUGAGCGAAACCUUAAGCUCACUUAAUUUUGCAUCUCGGGUUCGAGCCAUUGAGCUAGGUCCUGCAAGGAAGCAAGUGGAUACUCAAGAACUUCAGAAAUUGAAGACGAUGCUUGAGAGAGCAAGGCAGGAUUGUAGAGUCAAAGAAGAGUCCCUUAAGAAACUAGAAGAAAGAGUCCAUUUCUUAGAAAACAAGGAGAAGGGUAAGGAUCAGCUUCAUAAGAAUCAGCAAGAGAAGAUUAAAGAUCUCGAAGCCCAGGCAGAGCAACAAAAGAUAUCAUUACAAAGUCAAUAUGAAAAGAAGGUCACUAGUUUAUCAGAGAGCUUAAAAAGCAAGGAAGAGAUCUGCAUGACUCUCCAACAAAAGUUGAAGGAGGUAGAGAAAAAGAUGGCUGAGCAAGAACAAUCAGAUUUGACAACUUAUGAGCAGGUUAAAGAUCUACAGAAUAAACUGAAAGAGCAGACAGCCGAGUCAAAGUCUUGCAUUUUUAUCCUUCAACAAAAGGUUGAAGAAUUGGAGAUGAAGCUAAAAGAGAAGGAUGAGAAGCAAGCUGCCGAUUCCAUACUUCAUCAGAAGGUUGAGGGAUUGGAGGUGAAGCUAAAAGAAAAGGAUGAUGAGAAGCAAGCUGCUGAUUCCAUACUUCAUCAGAAGAUUAAAGAGCUUGAAGAGAAGUUGAGAGAGCAAGAAGAAGCCCAACAGUUAGCAGCAUCAGGAAAACAGCAGCAGCAGCAGCAGCAUAUGGAAAGAGAGGAAUGCUUGGAUGACGAACAAGAGAAUUACAUUCGGACUAGUUUGGACUCGCUCAAGCGACGAGCGAGCAGAGAACCUGUUGUUAACAACAACUCCGAUCAACAACAUAUCCUUCAGAAUUCAAACUUCUCGAGAAUUCCUAAAGGAAACAACGACCCUCUGAAAGGGAACGAAACUUCUUCCAUUGUUCACGAUACAAGAAGGAAACGGUUUUCUAGGAACAGCGAGACAGAGAAUUAUUCAGGAGUUUCGUCUGUUGUUUCCGACAUUAAGAAGAGAAGGCAAUCCGACCAGCCUAUUAACAAUAAGCCAUUUGCAAGAACUGGCAGACUAGUAAGCAAACCAGCUGUAACAAGUCAUAGGCCAUCAUCAUCAGCAGCAACAACAACAACAACAACAAGAACAACAACAGGAACAACAACCACAACAGGCCAGACUAGUAGUAGAAUCAAAAAGGAACAAAAAGGUCCAGGAAUGAUCAGAGAAAAGGAUGGCAGCAAGAAGGGUUGGUCAAGAUGGUGAAGAAGACAACUAACUAAUCUUUUCUUUCUUCUUAAAAUAUGGUGAAUUAUAUUCUAAGUUCUAACCUUUGUGUUUUUCUUUUGUUUGACAAAACAACACUUCAAUUUCCUCUUGUUUGUUCAAGAAGAAGAUAUGUUGGAGUACUAUUGUAUUAGUCAGUGCAGUAGAGUGUUGGAUUCAUGGUUUUCAAAUGAUCCAAUCUAAAAGAAACUUAUAUUACUAUGCAAA